GAGGAGCCGCCGCGGGUCGGUCUGACCGUCCCUCCCUCCGGACUCCCACAAGGCCAGACCCCCGGGCCGAGGGGCUGGCUGCCGCAGGGAUGGGGGGCGAGCGGCAGCAUUACUACGGAAAGCACGGAACUCCACAGAAGUAUGACCCCACCUUCAAAGGACCCAUUUACAAUAGGGGCUGCACAGACAUCAUUUGCUGUGUGUUCCUCCUCCUGGCCAUCGUGGGCUAUGUGGCUGUAGGGAUCAUAGCUUGGACCCAUGGAGACCCCCGAAAGGUGAUCUACCCCACUGAUAGCCGAGGCGAGUUCUGCGGGCAGAAGGGCACGAAAAAUGCGAACAAACCCUACCUGUUUUAUUUCAACAUUGUGAAGUGUGCCAGCCCCCUGGUCCUCCUGGAAUUCCAGUGUCCCACCCCCCAGAUCUGCGUGGAGAAGUGCCCCAAUCGAUACCUCACCUAUCUGAAUGCUCGCAGUUCCCAGGACUUUGAGUACUACAAGCAGUUCUGCGUGUCCGGCUUCCAGAACAACAAGGGUGUGGCUCAGGUGCUUCGGGAUGGCGACUGCCCCCCUGUCCUCAUUCCUAGCACACCCCUCGCCCGACGAUGCUUCCCAGCCAUCCAUGCCCACAAGGGGGUCCUCAUGGUGGGCAACGAGACGACCUAUGAGGAUGGGGACGGCGUUCGGAAAAACAUCACUGAGCUGGUUGAGGGUGCCAAGAAGGCCAAUGGAGUCCUGGAGGCUCGGCAGCUGGCCAUGAGGAUAUUUGAAGAUUAUACUGUCUCCUGGUACUGGAUUGUCAUAGGCCUGGUCAUCGCCAUGGUGAUGAGCCUCCUGUUCAUCGUGCUGCUCCGCUUCCUGGCUGGCAUUAUGGUCUGGGUGAUGAUCGUCAUGGUGAUCCUGGUACUGGGCUACGGUAUAUUUCAUUGCUACAUGGAGUACUCCCGACUGCGUGGUGAAGCCGGCUCCGACAUCUCCCUGGUGGACCUUGGCUUUCAGACAGACCUCCGUGUGUACCUGCACUUGCGGCAGACCUGGAUGGCCUUCAUGAUAAUUCUGAGCAUACUUGAGGUUAUUAUCAUCUUGUUGCUCAUCUUUCUACGGAAGAGGAUUCUCAUCGCCAUUGCACUCAUCAAAGAAGCCAGCAGGGCUGUGGGAUAUGUGAUGUGCUCCAUGCUGUACCCACUGGUCACCUUCUUCCUGCUGUGCCUUUGCAUCGCCUACUGGGCCAGCACUGCUGUCUUCCUGUCCACUUCCAACGAAGCCAUUUAUAAAAUCUUUGAUGAUAUCACCACCUGCCCAGUUAUUGGGAAAACCUGUAACCCUGAGACCUUCCCCUCCUCCAAUGAGUCCCGCCUAUGCCCUGGAGCCUACUGCCAGUUCGCCUUCUAUGGUGGUGAGUCAGCUUACCACCGGGCCCUGCUGGGCCUGCAGAUAUUCAAUGCAUUCAUGUUCUUCUGGCUGGCCAACUUCGUGCUGGCUCUGGGCCAGGUCACACUAGCUGGGGCCUUCGCUUCCUACUACUGGGCCCUGCACAAGCCAGAUGACCUGCCUGCCUUUCCACUCUUCUCCGCCUUCAGUCGGGCCCUCAGGUACCACACAGGCUCCUUGGCCUUUGGUGCCCUCAUUCUGGCUAUUGUGCAGAUCAUCCGAGUGGUGCUGGAGUACUUGGAUCAGCGCCUGAAAGCUGCGGACAACAAGUUUGCCAAGUUCCUCAUGACCUGUCUCAAAUGCUGCUUCUGGUGCCUGGAGAAAUUCAUCAAAUUCCUCAACAGGAAUGCCUACAUCAUGAUUGCCAUCUAUGGUACCAACUUCUGCACCUCAGCCAAGAACGCCUUCUUCCUGCUGAUGAGAAACAUCAUCAGAGUGGCUGUCCUGGACAAAGUUACUGACUUCCUCUUCCUGUUGGGCAAACUUCUGGUUGUGGGUAGCGUGGGAAUCCUGGCUUUCUUCUUCUUCACCCACCGCAUUAGGAUCAUACAAGACACAGCACCCCCUCUCAAUUAUUACUGGGUCCCUAUACUGACUGUGAUCAUUGGCUCCUACCUGAUUGCCCAUGGAUUCUUCAGCGUCUAUGGCAUGUGUGUGGACACAUUGUUCCUCUGCUUCUUGGAGGACCUGGAGAGGAAUGAUGGCUCGGCCGAGAGGCCUUACUUCAUGUCUUCCAAUCUCAAGAAGCUUUUGAACAAGACCAACAAGAAGCCGGCAGAGUCUUAAAGUCCCCACCUUCCCCCACCUUCCUGUAAAGUCUCACACUGGGUGCUCGGCAGCUGGGUCAGAACCCCCAGCCCGUUGGGCUGACCUGAAGUCCUGUCACUGCCACCCCCCAUCAUCCAGUUACCACCAGUUUCCAGGGACCUGGAGGACUUGUGGCAUCUCCUCCCUAUGCCAAGGGGCAGUCAGACUUUUCAUGGUGGCCCCCACAAGACUGCUCAACGAAUCACUCCAGCCCUCACCAGCCUGGAUGGGAAGAAGUCCUUUGAGGGCUCCUGAUGUGUCUGGCACGGGAUGGGGCCCAACCUCUGUGGGCUGCCUCAAGUUUUCUGUUCCUUCUUAUGGUGGGAUGGCCACAGUAAGCUCCAGCUCCUAAAGGCCUCGUUUGUAUCUGCUCAAGCCAGGACUGAGUCCCUUCUCCAUAGCUGAACAAUUGGCUCACAGGCCGCCACAUGUGUUUCUUUACUAUUUUUUUAAACCUGGCUAUGCAUUAAAGGGUCUAUUAGCUUUUUCUGUCUGUCUCAACAGCUGAGAUUGGGGCCAGUGAGGAGUGCCUUCUGUUAUCUGGUAUGGCUGCAGUUGGGUAUGGUAUGCGUGCCCAGGUGGGGGUGUCUCCAUGGGGUGGGGGGAGAGCAAUGCACCCUGUUUGUUGAUGGAAGAUGAGGGAGUGAGGCUAUUCUGGGAGGCUGCUUUGAGCAGGAGGGAGGAGACCACUAAUAGCUGCCUAAUAGAAACCUGCUGGCUGGCUGGCUGGCUGGCUGGCUGGCUGGCUGGCUGGCUGGAGGAGCUGAGCUGAGUUUCUCCCCUUCCUCUGCCAGUUAUUGACACAGCUCUCUUUGUAAGAGAGAAAAGAAACUGAAUCCACCCAAGGGACAAUUUCAGGGAAGGGGUGCAGGGCAGAUGCCAUGUGCACACCGGGCCCCCCCUGCCCAGCCACCUCAUCUUGAGGAUUCUUUUGCCAAAUCUGUUGAACUCAGGACCUGGUCUCCUGGUUUCCUCUUUGCCAUAUCCUAAGGCCCCGGACUUCAUGUCUUUGUUCAUCAGCACCGUUUCAGGAUCCCGGAGAGGGAGAAAUUCCUGCUCGGGGUCUCCAUGUCUUGUCCCUGUUGCCAGUCCUCCUCCCUCCCCUGUUCUGUCCACACACCCCUGCGUGUAACUGCAUUCCAACCACAAAUAAAGUGCCUAUUGUAACAGUG